AUGUCAUAUUCCAAUGCAACCAAGUUCACCAACCCCUCCACCUUCAUCCUGCUGGUCAUUCCUGGCCUGGAGGCAGCCUAUGUCUGGCUUUCCAUCCCCUUCUGUGCCAUAUACGCCAUAGCCCUCUUUGGCAACUUCAUCAUCCUCUUCAUUGUGAAGUUUGAACCAAGCCUCCAUGAGCCCAUGUACUAUUUCCUCUGCAUGCUGGCCAUCAUCGACCUGGUCUUGUCUACAUCCACCCUGCCUAAAAUGCUGAGCAUCUUCUGGUUCAAUUCCAGGGAGAUCGAUUUCAGAGCCUGCCUCACACAGCUAUACUUCCUUCACUGCUUUGCAGUGAUGGAGUCUGGGAUCUUCAUGGCCAUGGCUUUGGAUCGCUAUGUGGCCAUCUGCCAUCCCCUGAGACAUUCCAUCAUCCUGCGAAACCCCGUGGUGGCCAAGAUCAGCCUGGCUGUGAUUCUGCGAGGCAGCAUUAUCAUACUGCCCUAUCCUUUCCUGGUGAGGAGGUUGCAAUACUGCAGAACCAACAUCAUCCCUCACACGCACUGUGAACACAUCUACAUGGUGAAGCUGGCCUGCGGUGACAUCAGCAUCAGUAAUUACUACGGCCUCUUCGUGCAGUUCUGUGGGAAAUGGGUGGACAUGAUUUUUAUCGCCAUGUCCUAUUUUGAAAUCCUCAGGGCCAUCUUCAAGCUUCCCACCAAGGACGCCUGGCUCAAGACUUUUGGGACCUGCGGCUCCCACCUCUGCGCCAUCUUGGCCUUUUACAUCCCUAGUUUCUUCUCCUCCUUCACACAGCGGUUUGGCCAGAAUCUACCCCUGCAUUUCCAAGUUCUCAUUGCCAAUGUGUACCUCCUGAUACCCCCCAUGCUCAACCCCAUCAUCUACGGGGUGAGGACCAGACAGAUCCGGCAGAGACUGCUCCGGUUUUUUGUUUGUGGAAGCAAGAUCUGA